GGUAUUGCCUAGACAAGAAAAGGAUCUACAUCGUGGACUUCAAAAUUCUAGAAGACAUUGAAUGCACUAACAACAGAAAAUUAUGUGCCCCGAUUGGUUUAUUCUAUGUGAACAAUAGACAGAAGUUUAUGCCUAUUGCCAUUCAGCUCAACCAGACUCCCUCAGAUUCGAACCCUAUAUUCUUACCGUCUGACCCCGAGUAUACAUGGAUGUUGGCCAAGAUGUGGUUCAACAACUCUGACUCUUGCUAUCACCAGUCUGCUGUACAUUUAGGAUCUACACAUUUAACGCUCGAAUUUGUCGCUGUGGUAACCCAUCGUCAGUUGUCUCCAUCGCAUCCGCUCUUCCGUUUACUGGUACCACACUUUCUUUAUCUAAUUGCAAUAAACACGUGAGUAUAUUGUAUAAGGUCGUAUGUACAUAGUCUCUUAUGGCUUCGUUUUACAUUUCAAGUGACUUUAACCCAUAAGAAAAUAAAUAUUGUUCGACCC